AUUAUACGUGUCAUCGAUCGGUCACAGUAUUUUUAUUUACAUUUCCAAGUACAAAAAAUACCACCCACACGCACAACUACCCGUCUCCUUUGCACAAUUUGCACCAAUGGCAUAUUUAGUUUAAUAGCUUAACAUUCCCGUCCAACCUUCCCCAUAUAGUGCAAUAGAAAUAGUGCAUAAUGGUGCAACAAUCUAGUCUACUUGUGAAUCCAGUCGAACCCAACGAGAUAGAUGAAAAAUUACGAUUGAUUCCUCAGGAUGAUGAAGACCAAGGGUGCUGGGGGACACGACAUACUCUUGUCUUACUUGGUUUUUUGGGGUUUGCCAAUGUUUAUGCCAUGAGGGUGAAUUUAUCCGUGACGAUCGUAGCGAUGGUCAACCAAAGCGCCAUUCCGCACAUCAAUCAAACAGCAGUCGAUAUCUGUCCGGUGACUCCGGGAAGCGAUCAAUCUGGACUAGUUAAGGAUGGAGAAUUUGCCUGGGAUGAAUAUAAACAAGGCAUCAUCCUCGGAUCCUUUUUUUGGGGCUAUGUUUUAACGCAGAUCCCUGGUGGGAGGCUGGCGGAGCUUUUUGGCGGUCGAAAAUUGCUUGGCUACGGCAUUCUCAGCACUUCCAUCUUCACUUUAUUGACUCCCUUCGCUGCACGUGCUAGUGACACUUUACUGAUCUUCUGUCGCGUCUUAAUGGGAUUGGGAGAGGGCGUUACUUUCCCCGCUAUGUAUGCUAUGCUGGCGGAAUGGGCCCCACCGUGGGAAAGGAGUAAAAUGGCCGCUUUCGUCUUUACAGGUGCUCAGUUUGGAACAGUUAUCACGUUACCUCUGUCAGGAAUCCUUUGCGAACACGGUUUCGACGGUGGUUGGCCAACAGUGUUUUACGUAUUUGGAACGUUAGGUAUAGUGUGGUUCGCUGUAUGGAUGCCUUUGACUGCCGAUUCUCCAUCACGUCAUAAAAAUAUUUCUAAAGAAGAAAAGGAAUACAUCUGCAGCUCGUUAAGGGAUUCCAUCAAAAGGAAAAGCGCUCCUGUUCCAUGGCGAUGCAUGUUCAAAUCCAAAGCUUGUUGGGCCGUCGGAGCAGCCAAUGUUGGCCACGCCUGGGGAUUCUAUACACUGUUGACUGAACUACCAAGUUACAUGGAUAACAUUCUUCAUUUCAAUAUGAAGCAGAACAGCUUCGUUUCUGCUCUCCCGUAUUUGGCAAUGUGGCUUUUUUCGCUCUUAUGCAGCACAAUCGCAGAUCUGCUCAUUUCCAAACAAAUAUUUAGAGUCAUAACUGUUCGGAAGAUAUUUAAUUCGAUAGGACAAUAUGGACCAGCAUUGGCAUUAGUUGGUGCUGGAUUCAUUGGAUGUAACACUGUAGCAGCCGUAGUUUUGCUGACUCUGGCCGUCGGACUUAGUGGUGCUUCUUACUCUGCUUUUCAGGUGAAUUUUGUCGAAAUCGCUCCACCAUAUGCCGGUACCUUGUUUGGUGUUACUAAUGCAGUAGCCAAUCUCUGCGGAUUCAUGGCUCCUUAUGCUGUCGGCGUGCUAGUGAAAGGAAACGUGCUUGUUCUACUAACCCUUGUUAUUUUCAUUUUUUUAUGGAGAAAAGGACGUGUAUCACGUCGUGGAAUCUGCUUGGUCGGUUUGUGUGAAUCUGGAAAAACACUAAUCUUCUCUCAAUUGAUUUAUAAAAAAGCUGUUGAGAGCUUUACCUCGAUGAAAGAAAAUGUAGGAGUAUUAGACAUUGCCAAUAAGGGGGCCUUAAAAUUAAUUGAUAUCCCUGGCCAUGAACGUGUUCGCCAACGUUUCUUUGACAGUUACAAAAACACAGCAAGAGGGAUAGUCUUUGUCCUUGAUUCUUUUAGUCUUAACAAAGAUAUUCGUGAUGUGGCUGAGUACCUUUACAAUAUUCUGAGCGAUCCUGUAGUGUCAUCUAACCGACCCCAGGUGCUUAUCCUAUGCAACAAACAAGAUCAUCCUUUAGCUAAGGGACCCCAAGUUAUUCAGUCUGUUCUUGAAAAAGAGAUGAAUGUGCUGAGAAACACUCAAACCAACCAGCUAGAAGCUGUAGCUGAAGGUGGAAACAGAAAAUCGUUUUACCUUGGACAAGAAGGCAAGAAUUUUGAGUUCGCUGAUAUUCGUUCAUUGCGCGUGGAAUUUGCCGCAUCAAGUGCCCAAACAGACGAUUUGGAAAAUUUAAAAAAGUGGCUGCAAUCAGUUGCUUAACACUCAUAAAUUCAUUGUGUUUCUUCUGUCUAUAAAUGACCUAAAUACAUGACAUCCAUC